GCGCGGUAGAGUGACGCAACUGCGCGGGCGGGCGGGGCCGGGCUCGGCCGCGGCGGUGGAGGCCCUGAGAGUUCAGUGCGACUUCAGCCCGUGUCCCCGCCGCCAUGAGCACCAAACAGGUCACCUGCAGGUAUUUUAUGCAUGGCGUGUGUCGCGAAGGCAGCCAGUGCCUGUUCUCACAUGACUUGGCGAAUAGCAAGCCAUCCACCAUCUGCAAAUACUACCAGAAGGGCUACUGCGCCUAUGGUGCACGCUGCAGAUAUGACCAUACGAAGCCCCCAGCUGCAGCAGGUGGAGCUGUAGGCCCUGCACCCCACCCUGUGCCCUCCUCAAGCUUGUCCAAUCCUCACCCUUCUCCUGAGAUCGCCACAUCUGUUACGAGAACACAUUUGCAUGAACCAGGGAAGCGGGAGAAGAAGAUGCUGGUGCUCAGAGACCGCAAUCUCACUGGCCUGGCUGAAGACAAGACUCUCCCGAGCACAGUGAAUAAUCCAGGUGGCUGCAGUGACCCUCAGACCAGCCCAGAGACGAAGCCCCAUUCCUAUCUAGAUGCCAUCAGGAGUGGCCUGGACGACUUGGAGGCCAGCAGCUCCUAUAGCAGUGAGCAGCAGUUGUGCCCAUAUGCUGCUGCUGGGGAGUGCCGGUUUGGAGAUGCCUGUGUCUACCUGCAUGGGGACAUGUGUGAGAUCUGCAGGCUUCAAGUCCUACACCCCUUUGACCCAGAACAAAGAAAAGCUCAUGAGAAGAUGUGUAUGUCGACAUUUGAACACGAGAUGGAAAAGGCUUUUGCCUUCCAGGCAAGCCAGGACAAAGUGUGCAGCAUCUGUAUGGAGGUGAUCUUGGAGAAGGCAUCUGCUUCUGAGAGGAGGUUUGGCAUUCUCUCCAGCUGCAGCCACACCUACUGCCUGUCCUGCAUCCGCCAGUGGAGAUGUGCAAAGCAGUUUGAAAACCCGAUCAUAAAGUCUUGUCCAGAAUGCCGUGUGAUAUCAGAGUUUGUAAUUCCAAGUGUGUACUGGGUAGAAGAUCAGAAUAAAAAGAAUGAAUUGAUUGAAGCUUUCAAACAGGGAAUGGGGAAAAAGGCAUGUAAAUACUUUGAACAAGGCAAGGGGACCUGUCCCUUUGGAAGCAAGUGCCUUUACCGCCAUGCUUACCCUGAUGGGCGGCUGGCAGAGCCAGAGAAACCUCGGAAGCAGCUGAGUUCUGAAGGCACCGUGAGGUUCUUCAACUCAGUGCGGCUUUGGGAUUUUAUCGAAAAUCGAGAAACCCAGCAGGUCCCCAGCACAGAGGAUGUCGACGUGACGGAGCUUGGAGACCUCUUCAUGCACCUUUCUGGAGUAGAGCCAUCAGAGACCUAGACUCAGUGCUGACACCUUCAUUUUGGGCUCUGCGGUCACAGCUUUCCAAGGCAGGUUGUAGCCUGCCACUGACAAGGUGGCGUACCUGGAUGUGAGUGGCAGCGAAUCCCCUUGGUCUCUUCAUGCUCCACUUUCACAGCCCUGGUGAAGGGAAGGACAUAAGAUAACCAAGUCCAUGGAAUCACUACGUUUAGAGUUGAGCUCUUAGUUGUUGUACCUCCAGCCCCUUUCUCGGGGACCAGCUACGUGGUCCAGCUGUUUUAAUUGAUUGCUUUUAAAUGAAACCCAACCGCCAUCUUUUCUUUUGUGACUUUCUUCCUUAAGUAACAGUAAACUUGGAGCUGCUCAUAAAGGAGCAGAUCAGUUUCUCUUAAUCAAGGUGUCGCCAGCCCUGUGGAGGGCUCCUCUGCAGCGACCAUCUCAUCUCUAAUGUAGCUGCUGUGAGCCUUUGGAUUUAUUUAUGCAGCUCUGGAGAGCACAUGGUCACCAUGGUCGUGUUGCUGCACCAUAGUGUAGACGACGGCUACUUCUCUGAGGAUGGUCAGGCUUGAUCGGGUCCCUCCAGAGCCCCAAGUCAGCGGGGAUGUGCAGUUGACAGUUAAAGGGUGGCUCCUGUCGGUAAAGGUCUCCAGGGAAACCCCAUCACCAUCUUCCCCUUGCAGUGAGCGUAAGACACUGAGGUGUCACACUCAGACUGCCCAUUCUCCUGUAAAGUAGGCUCGACACUGUUUUUGAGGUCCUGACCCAGUAGUCACUUGUAUCUGAGGGGACAUGAGGCCAAAACAGCCUGUAAAUGUAAUACUGUGUAUAACACUGUAAUUCAGAGCAAGUUUGUUCUAAGCCUGAAUUUAUUUUUGUAAAAAGCCCUGUAGAUAUCAAAUAUUUUAUAAAUGUGCUCACUCCUUAUAGUGUGGGUAUGCUCCUUAAACCUGUGUGCUUUUUGCUUGGCUGUUCAUGUAAAUGCAGAGAAGGCUCACACAGCACAGACCCUCAAACAAGAAACAAGUAGGUGUCCGUGCUGUGAAAUCAUUAUUACUUUUGAAGGAGUCAGUAGCCAUUAAACCUAAAUUUA